UGAGACAUUGGACAGAAACAAAGCAGUAACGCGACGCCUGCCCAAAUUCUUGUGUUGAUUUUGUUGAGAAGCUGUGAGAAAUGGCACCCACAAUCAAGAAACUCCCAAAUUCCAUUCUCCGUCCAACAAUAUUCUUCUAACCAUCUCCCCUCUGCCCACGGAUUCCAAUUUCAAACCCAUCCUACCGGAAAACUCUUCUCCUCCGGCGGCCACCCAUCGGACCCCAAAAUUCUGAGAAUCGAAUCUGUUGAUCCGGGUGGGGGCGCGGCUAUGGUUGAGCAUUGAGUGAGUAAGAUGAGCGGUUUCAAGGGGAGGGAGAAAUGGGUAAUUUGCAGAAUUAGGGUUCGCAUGCAGCAGCGGCGACGCCAUGGAAGAGGUUCCUGGAUCGGUGGGCACCAGCGCCAGCUUCUCCCUCAGAUUGGGGCAGACCGUAUUCUCCACCGCCUCCCUUCUUUUCAUGUCCUUGGGUGUUGAAUUCUACAGCUACACCGCUUUCUGCUACCUUGUGACAGUGAUGGGUUUGGUCAUACCCUGGAGCUUCACCUUGGCGAUGGUUGAUGGCUACUCUGUUCUCGUAAAAUGUCCUCUUCGACAGCCCGGAAUACUCGUGAUCAUCGUCAUCGGAGAUUGGGUCCUGUCACUCCUCACACUAGCUGCUGCUUGCUCGACUGCGAGUGUCGUCGAUCUUCUUCUUCACUCGAACAGUUCGUAUUGCCCGUUAAAGCUGUGCAGAAGAUAUCAAAUAUCUGCUGCCAUGGCCUUCUUGUCAUGGUUUUUGUCUUUUGCUUCUUCCCUUUUAAAUCUAUGGUUACUUCCAUCCUUAUAAUCUCUGGUUUUUGUAGCUUCAAGCUCUAAUUUGCAGAAGCUUGUGGUUUUUUUUUUCAACAUAAUGUUCAGGAUCUAAAUUAUCUAUAGACUUAGAACAAUAUAAGUGUUAGAUGGAAAUUUACAAUCUUA